GUUCAUUUAUCUCUUGGCAUCAACAUGACUGACAUUGCGGAAGCGGAGAACAUUUAUACCAGAGCAGCGAAAUUUGAACUAGCAAAAGACUGGAACAACGCUUUCAAGCUUUAUUUACAAGCAGCGGACGAAUUUCUACGCAUUCACCGUACUGCUGCGGAUCCAAAAUGCCGGGCCAACGCUGCCAAGGCAUUAGGUCGUGCUGGAAAGAUCGAGCAAUUCAAAAAGCUAACUCCCUUAUCAACCGACUACUUUUCACAUCAACCUUCAAUUCUCAAAAAGUCAUCCGUCAUCAACAACAUUCAAAUCCCUCUGGCAACAUCAUCCCCAUCCGAUUCAUAUACAACUCCAUUCAAUGACCCAGACGGCCAGCCAUCACUCCCAACCCCUGAGUAUACAUGGAACCGUCCAGACUACCCAAAUUCAUCACUCCCACUCCUACCAUCAGACAUCAUCCAGACCAUAGUAAACGACUGCUCAGUAUGCGCUUCCAUCGCAGUAUGCAUACAACACAACAUACGAUUCAAAUCAAACUUACUCCUUUCCUCUUUGUCUUCUUCUAAUGACGGAAGAUACGAAUUGAAAGUCCUCGUCAAUGGUGAUUUCAGACGCACAGUCAUCGAUGACCAUCUCCCCUUUGACUCCAACAACAAACUCGUUGGAAUAUCAACGGGCCCAAAGAAUCAACUAUGGCCUUCAUUCGUCGAAAAAGCAUACAUGAAACUCAUGGGCGGAUACGACUUUCUCGGCUCAAACUCUGCCAUAGACCUCCAUGUCCUUACAGGCUGGAUCCCAGAACACCUCGAUCUCCAAAGCGCAUCUUUUGAACGCGAACGCACAUGGUCUCGCGUCAUGACUGCGUUCCUGCGAGGGGACUGUAUGAUGACAGUCGGAACAAACGAUAAAACGCCGCUCAAUUACAAUAUACACAGCGUCAAGCUUCUUCCUUCCCAUGAUUAUGCUGUCACAGAUAUCAAAGAAACGAAUGAUGAGCGCUGGGUCACGCUUCUUGAUUCGAGGUUAUGUACUUCGGAGUGCGGCCAGUGCAGCGGUAGUGGGAGCUGUCCCAGGGUUCUCGAUAUCCGUUGGGACGAUAUAUGCGCAACGUUCGAGGGGUUGUAUAUCAGCUGGAACCCGAGUCUGUUUGGGAGUUGUGUCACGUUUCAUGGAUCAUGGCAGCCUGAAAAUGCCGAAAAUCUUUCACAAGCUUCUACUCACCACCUCCGACUGAACUAUCACAAAACUAAGGACUCCGCGCAUCACUCACACAUAAACGAAACCAACAAGAACGGAAAGGACUCGACAGAAACAGAAACAGAAACAGAAACAGAAACAGAAACAGAAAUAUGGAUACUCUUAACGCGUCACCUCUGCGACACCCGCCGCACAAAUGAAUACAUCGCGAUUAAUGUUCAAGAGGAUGAUACGGUUUUGGGAGAUUCAGAACAUGUUGCGCUCAAGAGCAACUACACAAACAGCUCACAUAUUCUCUCACGCAUUAAAACCUCCCAAUUCCAAACCCCAAAUUCAGGCUCGCUCUCCAUAUUAGCCUGCUAUGACGGUCAAUUCGAACAAGUCGGAUUCACGGUCACUGCGUAUGCUUACUCGUCGGAUGUGAUGGUGUCUUGGGAUACGAGGGUUCCGCCCACGAGGUAUAUGCAGAAGAUCGACGGCGUGUGGACUAAUAAAACGGCUGGGGGUAAUUGCACGCAUCCGACGUAUAUGGUGAAUCCGCAAUAUCACCUGCGGGUGCACAAUGCCAGUACGAGUAUCGUCAAACGGCCGAGCACAAGUACAAGUACUGACAAGCGCAACAAGACACAAGUUAUACUCACCACGCAGAGCACUAGGGAUAUCUCGCUGAACGUCACAGCCGUGUGGUCGCAAGGCGAGCGUAUAUCAGAACUAAGUCAGAAAGAAGUGGUGGCUCAUUCUGGGCCUUAUACAUAUGGGCAUGCGCGUGUCGCUGCUCAUCUUGCUCCUGGCGACUACACAAUCAUCUUAUCGACUUACGAACCGGACCAGAUGGGAAAAUUCACGCUCAAGGUAGAGAGCCCCUCUCGGUUUGAUAUAAAGGCGAUACCACAGGAGGAUGCGGGGAUGUAUGUCAAGACCGUCCGUGGGGAAUGGGACUCGACGACUGCUGUCGGAGGACUGAGUCAACAUCGAUAUCACCGCAAUCCAGUGUACCAAGUAACCAUCCCAUGCGCUUCUGAAUUCGGUGCCCGUCUUCAACUCCUUUCCCGCAUCCCAGGCGUAUCCACCAACCUCUCACUCUUCCCCUCCUCAAACCUCCAACGAUGCAUCGCUUCCUCAGGGCCCUACUCUGAUGCGCUUUCGGGUGUUGAUAUUCCCAAGAGGAGUAUAAGCCCUGGGAAAUAUUAUCUCGUGCCUUCGACGUACCAUGCUGGGGUGCAUGCUCAGUUUCGGAUUGUUGUUUAUAGUGGUGUUUCGGGGACCGAGGUCGUUCUGCGUUCGUGACUUGGUGGACGGGGAAAGGAAUUUUGGAGGAAUUUCUUGAGAGUGGUACGCAAGGGUUGGCUUGUGGACAACUCGUUAUAAUCUAGUCUUGAUGUCGUCUUCAACUUUAUUUAUUCACAAGUCACCUUAUUGAUGGGACGUGUUUAACAACGAAUUAUUAUGACAACUGUAAUAAAGCAACGAUCGAACGUCCGCGUC